CUUCUAAAUUCGCAACUUUUCCUCCUGCGUUCUUUAUUUAUUAAAAACAUCUUUAAUACUCUUUUUAAGUCCUAUUCAUGGGCUACUCUCCUCUCACAUUUGGGAAAGAUGGGUUCCGUUUGCACAAAGGGUGAACACAAAAACGCCUCUAGUGUAAAGGAAGAAAAAGAGGAGCCGCAGCCAGAGGAAAAGGCACCGGCCGAAGAGCCCAGCACUACCAGCUCCAAGGGAUUUGCAACCUCCGGGUUCGGCCUCAAGUCUCUGAACAAGUGGGACCUCGACUACGUCUCACAUCUCGUCGGACACCCAGUCACCAGCUUUGAAACGUCCCGAAUCAUACACGCAGAAGACGGACGCACCAAGAGAACGCCUAUACUACUCUCAGACGGAUCCGUGUACUUUGGACAGUGGAAGGGGACUCAUCGCGAUGGAUUUGGUCACUAUUUUGUAUCUGACGGAAGUCAGUAUAUCGGCUUCUUCUUGAAUGAUUUAUUUCACGGCCAUGGGGAGAUGCAAUUCCUGAAUGGCGAUUCAUUCAAGGGGCUAUUUAAGCACGGUUUAAGGAAUGGAAAAGGAAUACUAAACUAUAGCAGUGGUGACAUGUACGAGGGAAUGUGGAAAAACGGAGUACGUAUGGGAUACGGAGUAGAACGAUAUCUAGACGGCUCUGUAUAUAUGGGUGGUUUUAGAAACAACAGGAGAUUUGGCAAGGGUGAACUUAAAACGGCGGACGGAACUAUAUAUGAAGGAUCCUUUAAUAACGGGAUUUCAGGUCUAGGCAAGAUGUACUGGACCAGCGGAGAAUCCUAUCAGGGGUAUUUUAAAAAUGGAAUAAAACAUGGAAAGGGUACAACAAUGUGGAAAAUUGGUCCAGUUGUAAGUCAGAAGGGAACAUAUAAAAAUGGCAAGAUGAACGGCCUAUUCCGCACAGUAUUGCGGGACGGAACGGUUGUUGAUGGUUUUUAUGUGGAUGAUACCCUGGUAGAGCAGCCAGAGGAAGAAGCAGUACCUGCGGAAACACCAGCAACCCAAGGAGAACGGAAUAAGGAGGAACAACCUGAUGGAGAAAAUGAACUUACAGAUGCUUCCACAGAGCAUGGAAGCAUGGAUGACGCAGUUGAAGACGGUAAAGAUUCAACACACAUGACUUCAAACUAUGCUGAUACCAGUGUCUCUCUAUCAGUAAAGGAGAUUCCAAUUGAGUAUAAAGACUAUAAUAGUGAUUUUAUGGAUUCAGAUCCAUCUGAAGAGUUUGUGCCCCCAAAACACAAGGGGUGGCACAAACCAAAGACUCAUAAACAACCCUUUCCUAAAGGUAACAAGCAUGGGAAUGCAAGAAACUAUGUAUAUUAG